UGUGCUGUGCUUUGUAUCGUGUGUAUAGUCUCGCUAGAGUAUGUAAAUCAAGAGUGAGCGAACCAAGCAGUCGAAAUGAUCUACCAUCUCAAAUGCGUGAACGAUCGAACGAUCGAUCCAUGCCCAUGGUGAGAAGAAGCGCUGGAUGCAGAUAGUAAUAGUAUGAAGCACGAUCAUUGGUGCAAAUGAUCCGAAAGCAGGAUGCAUCCUACGCGUUGGCGUUCAAGAAAAUGCUGCCUGCUACCUACUAUAUUACUAUCGUGAGCUGCUCGAUCGAACGAAAUGAGGAUGAGACGGAUGAUACGUUGCGCACUAGCAGAUUAGCAACACAAGAUAUUGUUAUACAGCUUCACCGGACUGAAACCUGUAUCGUAACGAUGGCAUUACAACAAGCACAGACCGAAGCACAGCAUAUUAAAAACGUACUUAAACCCUGGACCAAAGAACCGAUGACGAAAUGUUGGGAUUGGUGCAGCCCAAUGCUCGAUGGCGAGUCCUUAACGCAGCUGUACAAGUGCAUGGGAAGCUAUUGUAGUUUUACUACGAAUGACACUUGUGCCAUGGUAGUCCAUCUGCAGAACCAUGAAGAUCUGGUGGACAUUUUAAGAUGCGCUUACUGUGUUGCAACAUUCCCUGCGAUAAAUGAACUGAUUGCGCACAUAAAACUGGUACACGGACAGUGCCGUUACCAGUGCAGCUAUUGUUUUUAUCGCGCGUUGGACGCCGCAAAUGUUUUUAAUCACCAAAAAAUAUACCACAGCGAAGAUCGGAGCGCUGCCAAGUCGAUCAUAGAGCUUGCACUGCAUCACGAGAUAGUUGGAGUUGACUACAUGAACGCUGCCGUCAGAGGAAAAGUGCGUCAAAAGCUGUUGAAGUGUACCGUAUGCAAUCAGCAUUUUCUGGCCAUAUCAUACUACAUACAGCACAUCAAAACGGUGCAUCAGGGAACAACGGUAUCGUGCUGUUGGUGUCAGAAGAAAAUCAUGAAGGAUAAUGCCGCAUCACAUUUGCUCACCCAUUAUAUUGGGACUUACGAGUGUCUGUAUUGCGACUAUGCCUGCAACAUCAAGCAAAUGAUGCAACGCCAUCUAGGCAAUGUGCAUGCUUCUAAACCAAUGUUUUGUUCCAAGAGACGGGAAGCAAUGGAUUCGCAUCUACCGAAGAGAAAGUAUUUGCUAGAUUUAAGAGAAAUAGUUCCUGCUGAGUAUGUGAAAAGUCUGGACAGUGGUUUCCAAACCGAGAACGCUGAUACCAUUAAUUCUAAAACAAGUGCAAAGGAAGUCCAAGGCGAACAACCACUAAUUCCAAAAAUACUCAAUAUUCAUGGUGGAAUUAAGCUCACCGAUAAGGGUGCGGUCCUUACCGCACAGCAAACGUUGCCGAGCGUACAAAUGGACAAAACUUUGUCUGAUGCAAGAGCAGGUGUAAGCAUGGCUCCGGCCCGAAAUGUUUCCGUCAGAGGAACAGCCGAUUCGUUCACCGUACCAAAAUUUAAGCGAGCCAAGUUAGAUCGAUCAAUACAAAAAUUAUGUGAAAAUUCGAAUAUAACGCUGUCGAAAAGCUCAAAACAAAUGCCGCAUAGCGGUGCCGGCAUGGUAACACUCAGUAAAGUGCCAGAACAAAACAAUGUACGAGAAAGCGAACAUUCAGUUGAAGUAGGGCAAUCAAGAACGGCUGAAAACAACACGAACUGCCACAACACAAAACCCACAACAUUUCUCACUACGUCGUCCGCAAGGGCAAAAAGUGUGGAAGGCAAAACAACGGAAAGCAGCGCCGAACUUGUGAAGCAUACCAUGACGUACUCAGAGCACACACAAUCCUCAGCUAAUGCGAAACGCAACACUUACGUCGAAGAUACGUAUAAGGUGAAACAGAUAAGCUUCCGGUUAACAGAAUAUACCGGUGAUUUGGAUCUAUACUACCGACAAUUGUCCAUCUGCAUGAACAAAACUAAAAUAACAGCACGGGACAUUAAUGCGUGCGGCAUUAAUACUUGUGCGCUGCGGUUCGAGACUCACAACGCACUAUUUCAGCACAUGAAAACUGGCCACGGUAUCUUGACCAUAGAAACUCCGAUAACAAUAGUAUGCACCCACUGUGCGCUGCAGUUGAACAACGUAAGCAACUACCUGUAUCACCUUUCGGUACACAGCCUCAACCAGUACGCCUGCUUUGUGUGCUGUUAUAAGCAUUUUCUGCUAACAAACGUUGUUACCCACAUGAAUGAACACCAUUCCUGCACUUCCGUUCAAUUAUCGUUUGCCCAUCCGGCAAAGAUGGAUAUACUGUCGGACAUCAUUCUCGUGAUGCCGGGCACAAUAACUGCGGAGGAAAAGCGAAACUGCAUCCAGAAUACAAUCAAACUUGGCGAUCACCUCACGCACAGUGCAAGUGCGAUGAGCAAACCCCUGUUACGACCAGUGCGGACAUAUACGGAGCGCACGGCGAAGAGCUACACUUACAAACCGCACUUCAGCCUGCUGUACAAGUGUGGACUGUGCAGCGCGGUCGAAACUAGUAAACUGGCCUUUCAAAAGCAUCUUUUGCAGGAGUGUCCCAACAACAAGCGCAGCUACUACAAUUGUGCGCAUUGCAACAAAAUGUUCAAAGAUUGGACCACCAACCUCGAAUCGAUUAUCGAACAUCUGUACUUUCAUGGGGAAAAUUUGUACGCCUGCGGGAACUGUGCGUACUAUCACUACCUGUUUGAAAAUGUGGCCGCGCACAUAAUCAAGAGCGCAUUCCAUUCGGCAAAGUGCGAGAUUAAAGUGUUGCGCGAAUCGGCGGAGCAGUGGGAGUGCAACGUGUGCCGGCUGAAAUCUUCCUUCCGGCAAACCGUCAUGGAACACAUGCAGAAUGUGCAUGAUUUGCCGGGCGAACGGUUUAUGUGUUCGCUGUGCAACAUGCGCAUGUUAACGAAGGAGAAAAGCAUUCGGCACUUUAAGGAGAACCAUCCCAAUCAGGACGUGGUAAUGAUAGAGAUGUAUCACGAGGCAGAGGUAGAGAACUCGUCGAACAAUGACGACACGGAUUCGGUUGCAGGCUCGGACGCUUCGAGUGAUUUACAAAUCAUCGACGAUGUGAUAGAGUCAUUUUCUUUGUCCUCGGCAAGUGAUCAUGGGGACGAUGGGGAAGAUGCGGUGUCAGAGCUCGGAAACGACGAUCUUGAUGAUCUGGCGGAACACAACUUGCGUCGCAAAUGCCCGGUGCUGCGAGAGCAUAACUAUUGCAGAAUGGCGUGCAGCGAAAUCCCGCUUACGGCAAAGGUGAAAAACGAGAACGGUAAACAGCCAACGGAAUUGAUGCAUGAUUCGAGCGCAACCGGGAAUGUUGUAACGGAAAGUAAUGAACCGUGCGUAGAUAGCUCCGCUAUUGGCGCUGAUGAUGGAGCGUCUAACGCUGUAGGAAAUUCCACGGAAGAAAUAAGCGACAGUGCGGCCGAGCCUGAUGAUGCAACAGCCACAGAUUCGGAAAUACUGCAAAGCCUGUCACCGAGCACGGUUAUGAGUGUGCUGUCCAUGGAGCGCCGUGCAUCUAGGCGAGUUGCUGUAAAAAAAGACAUUACGAGCCGCUGGAUAAACAGCACCAAAUAUGGUUGCAUCUUUUGCGAUAACAGCUUCGAACACUACAAGUCACUGCACAUGCACGCUCGAAUUGUGCACGGUACAGUCAGCCGAAACUUCCUCCGUGACUCAAAUGCCGACGGUGUGGCCAAACAAGCGGCAGGAGCUUCCUUCACCGGAUUUCGGUUGUUCUGUAUUGCGCGUUGCUUUUACUGCGACAAGCAGGAUACGUACGCGGCGCUAAGAAUGCAUCACGACAAAAAGCACGACGGCAAAACGUUCGUAUGCCUUGACUUUUGGAACCCCAUGAAGUGUGGUCUUUGCGCGUAUCUCAACGGUUCCGGCAAUGAGAAGGACUUCAGCCAUCACUUCCAACAGUUUCAUACCACGAUCAGCAAGAGGUAUGCAUCUCCGUACGAUCACAUCGACGAUAGCUUUAUCCAAUGGGCGUUGACGCUCGGCAAGAAGCUAACCGCUGAGACUGAGGAUGAGCUCAAGAUUCUGAAGUACAUCUGUGGCACAUGCGCUGAAAAGUGCGAUGAUGAAUUGCGCAUGGGUAUGCAUGUAGCGAGCCAUGUUUUAAAAUUCCACUGCGAUUACUGUACCAAAAGCUUUAGGGAGUUGAAAGCACUGUACGAGCACAUCGUCAUGAUCCAUCGCGUAGAGGAGUACGAUCCGCCGGCGGCUGCCUCGACAGCAUCCGAGCAAAUGUUGCUUGACGUGCAGAUGUGUUUCAUCAAUGGGUUUAUUUUGUCAAAGCGCGAGGCACAGUUUACGAGCCACGGAUCGUUACAGGUAUUAGAAGAAGGGUACCAAAAGUACAUUGAAGGCCAGCUGAGCGAAUUGGAUAGCUAUAAAACAAUGCUGUCUACCAUGAUAGAAGCGAACACAACAUGCAAAGCUUUUCUGCAAAAUCAGACCACUCAUCCAGUCGUUAUGCUGCUGCCGGUAGAUGGUAAUACUUCGGAAGAAGAGUCGUAGUUUGCUCCAUGCAAUUUUAUUGCUUUACCGGAAAUCGGUUACGUGCAAACCAUGGCAGCCAGAUUAUUUCAUUAUAAUUACUUUCAGGUGUUAAUAGGUCUGCGAAUUCAGGAUUCCAUAAUACCAUAUUAGAAGAGUAAGGUACGGUCGCUGUUGUACGUUGCAUUGUUAAAACGGAAAAUUAAAUCCAAUGAAAUAUACGCAUACGAUGAAUUUGUUUGAAUUAUUGUACAAUAUGUUUUUGUUUUAAAUAAGGAGGCAUUCAUCGGUAUCGGUUUUGCUUUGAUUUCAACACCUAAUUGCCAGCGUACUUUGUAUCGAACCAAACACAUUUGUACAUUGAUGGAAAUGUAAAUAAAAACACGUGAAUGUUUUUCUUCGAUAGUUUUU